AUGUCGAAUAAUAAUCAGCAAUAUCCAGGCUUACAGCCACUUCGGCCUCCGAUGUCCGGUUCAAUGGAUCCUCAGCGCAAUUUUGGUCAACUCAUGCCUGUCCAAUUCCGUCCCGGUGUUCCAAAUCAACAGCCGCAACAGUUUGUUCCCAUGCCUCCUCAACAUUACCACCAGCAGUAUAAUGUUGGAAUGCCUCCUCAAAAUCAACAGCAGCAAUUUUCUCAACCAAUUCAACAGUUUCCUCCGAGAGUUGGUCAGCAGUUACCAAUUCAACCACAAAUGAUGCAAAUGCCAAUUGCUCGGCCAAACAUGCAAACCCCGUCCGAUUCAAUGAUGCCACAGCCUGAUUCCCAAGCUCCAAAUGGAUAUACACCAGGUUUAGGUGGCCCCGCAAUGCCACUUUCUUCAUCGUUUAUGUUUGCACCAUCGUCUUAUGGUCAAGCGCCACAAACUAAUUUUAAUUCUACUGGCCAAUACCAACCUGUUCCCCAAAUCCAAGCUCCCACUGGUUCUUUGUCCCAGAGCAUUACUCCUGGUACAACUCCUCAGAGUAACGGCGAGCAACCUACAGCUACAACUGUCAUACCUUCGGCUACAAACGUCCAGCCACACCUUACCAGCGUUGGCUCCUCUGAUUGGAUCGAGCAUGCGUCCUCUACUGGAAGAAGAUUUUUCUACAAUAAGAGGACUAAAUUAUCUAGCUGGGAGAAGCCUUUUGAAUUGAUGUCACCUAUUGAGUACGAUCAAUUGGGAGGAGUGCAUGUAACAAGAAGGACUGUCAAGGUUGCUGGUGAAAUAAGGGUAGAUGCAUCAACAAACUGGAAGGAGUAUACAAGUCCUGAUGGAAGAAAGUAUUAUUACAACAAGGUCACAAAGGAAUCAAAGUGGUUAAUUCCCGAGGAACUGAAGUUUGUCCGUGAGCAAGUUGAAAAGGAAAAGGUCAAUGCAACUCUUCCCGAGCCACUACUGAAUCCCUGUUCUCAACCCUCUGCAGUUUCUGUGACUGAAGCAAUGCCUAGUACGGGUAAUUCAUCUUUACCUGGCCAAGAUGAACCAACAAGUCCUGUUUCAGUUGCUCCAGUUGUCACCACGUCCCCAAUUAAUCAGCAAUCUGAGAUGACUUCCGGAUCACAUGUCUCCCCUUCUGCAGCCGCUGUAACUGGAACAAAAGUUGAUAAACCUGAGGCACCCACAAAUACUAUCAAUCCACCAGAUGUUAGUGUAGGAAGUGAUAGAGCAUUUGUUUCUGAUAUUAAUACUGCUGCAACGCCAAAGAAUGACGCCAAUAACUUUUCAGCUCAAGAUACUGUAGUUUCUGGUGAUGGAGUUCCCGGAGAAGAUAAAGAAGCUGGAAAAAAUGAUUCAAUAGGGGAAAAUGUUAAUGACGUGGCCUCAGAAACAAAGGCAGUUGAGCCAGAAUCCUUAGUUUAUGUGAAUAAGAUGGAAGCUAAAGAUGCAUUCAAAGCACUCUUGGAGUCUGUAAAUGUUGGUUCUGACUGGAAUUGGGAUCGGGCCAUGCGAUUAAUUAUUAAUGACAAAAGGUAUGGUGCCUUAAAAUCUCUUGGAGAAAGGAAGCAAGCUUUCAAUGAGUACUUAAGUCAAAGGAAAAAACAAGAAGUAGAAGAAAAGCGUAUGAGGCACAAAAAAGCACGGGAGGAUUUUAGAAAAAUGUUGGAAGAGUCCACUGAGUUGACUUCAUCCUCUAGAUACAGCAAAGCAAUAGCUAUUUUUGAAAAUGAUGAACGUUUCAAAGCCGUUGAGCGAGAAAGAGAUCGCAAGGAUAUGUUCGAUAGCUUCUUGGAAGACCUUUCAAACAAGGAACGGGCUAAGGUACUGGAGGAACGGAAGCGAAAUACAGUGGAAUACAGGAAAUAUUUGGAAUCUUGUGACUUUAUAAAGGCUAAUACGCAGUGGCGAAAAGUUCAAGACCGCUUAGAGGCCGAUGAAAGAUGUUCUCGACUUGAGAAAAUUGAUCGUUUGGAAAUAUUUCAAGAUUAUUUGCGUGAUUUAGAAAAGGAAGAGGAAGAGCAGAAAAAGAUACAGAAGGAAGAAUUGAGAAAGACGGAACGUAAAAACCGUGAUGAGUUCCGCAAAUUGAUGGAUGAACAUAUCACCUCUGGCAUUCUUACAGCAAAAACUCACUGGCGUGAUUAUCAUUCACAGGUGAAAGAAUUACCAGCCUAUCUAGCAGUAGCUUCAAAUACCUCAGGUUCAACUCCAAAAGAGUUGUUUGAAGAUCUUGCCGAAGAGCUAGAGAAACAAUAUCAAGAAGAAAAGAGCCAGAUAAAAGAUACAGUGAAGUUGGCAAAGAUCACAUUGUCAACAACCUGGACUUUUGAAGACUUCAAAUCAGCUUUAUCAGAACACGUUAACUCUCCGCCUGUAUCUGAUAACAAUUUUAAGUUAGUGUUUGAAGAGCUACUGGAACGAGCUAGGGAGAAGGAGGAGAAGGAAGCUAAGAAGCGUAAACGUCUUGCAGAUGAUUUCUUUCAUUUACUAUAUUCUACCAAGGAUAUUUCCGAGUCUUCAAAGUGGGAGGAUUUUAGGCCACUUGUUGAAGAUAACCAAGAGUUCAGAUCUAUUGGGGAUGUGAGCCUCUGCAAGAAAAUGUUUGAGGAAUACGUUACGCAACUGAAAGAAGAGGCAAAAGAGAAUGAGCGGAAACGAAAAGAGGAAAGGGCAAAGAAGGAUAAAGAUAGGGAGGAAAGAGAAAGAAGGAAAGCAAAGCAGAGAAGGGAAAAAGAGGGAGGGCGUGAAAGAUGGAAAGAGGAUACGCAUAAGAGAGAUAGAACAGACAGUGACAGUAUGGACUUAAAUGAUAUCCAAUCGUCUAAAGAAAACAAAAGGAAGCAGCAUCAAAGUCCGGACUAUGUUUCUCACGAAACUGAUAAAGAAAGGACGAAGAAAUCUCACGGUCACAGUAGCGACCGCAAAAAAUCCAGACGGCAUAGUUCUGGUCAUGACUCGGAUGAAGGACGGCAUAAGCGACACAGGAGAGACCACCGCGAUUCUCACAGAGAAGGCGAUCAGCUUGAAGAUGGGGAGUUUGGCAAUGACAUGGUUAUGGAUAGAUGGUAA